AUGUCGCGCCAUCGCGCAUAUCAGAAUUAUGAUUACCAGAAUGAUCUCGACGAGUAUGAAGGAGGUUAUUCAGACGAGGAUGAAGGGGAGCAGCUCAGCCCUGAAGAUCAAGCUCAGAUGAACGAGGCCACGACAGAGGUCCAACGGGCACUGGGGAAUGAGGCGAGCAAGGUCACAGUUAAGCAGAUACAGGAGGCGCUAUGGCAUUACUACUACGACGUGGACAAGUCGGUCACAUAUCUACUCAGCAAAUACAUCGCUCCACCGCCAGCAAAGCCUGCCAAGCCCAAGGGACCGAAGCCAGAGAGCGCAGGUAAGCAUCUUUUUCUCCUUGAUCGUGCCCAGCAGCCAAGUGGCCGUCUUUUGUUCCGCCGAAGCAGACCAGCGAGCAUCAUUGGCAUCCCGGAGGACUCCGAAUCUCUACCCGAAAAGGUCAGGCCCACCUCGUUGACAAUGUCCGAAGGAGCCUGUCACCGCGGACUAGAGUCCAACCGCAUGUCUUUUGCCGCCUUCUUUAGCGACAUGCCGUGGCUCAAUAUCCCCAAGGAUAGAGAGGCAGUCUUGACCGCUCCGAGCCGGCCUCGUGGCGGCUUGUUGGGUGGUGGCACGGAACCCAAAGUUUCCAAACUUCAAGCGCUGGCAGCCGCGCGGAAAAAGAAGGCCGGCGAGAAGAAGUCGGAAGAAAAGGUGCUAGGCACUCAAGAAAAGAUGGAAAAGCUUUCCAUACAAGAAAUUGGGUCAAGCUCGACGCAACACCAAGAUUUCAAACAUCACCCGGAAAAGACAUCGGCUAGCAGGCCCUUACGAGGCGAAAACACCAGACCAGCCUUUGGGGGUCUAGCAAAGCGGCGCAAGCUCGCCCAGGAUCAAGACCUCGAGUCUGGUCCCCCUUCUAGCCAUGUAUCGCAAUGCACGCCUCCAGUUGACCUUCAACAAAUGUCGCCAACCAUGGACGCCGACGUUCCUUCCUACGCAAAGCCCUUGGAAGAUGCUGAGCCGCUUCAGGCAGCUCCAUCCGCGUUUGCAAUGACUCUCACCGGAUCUGCUUCAGCUAAACAAAGACGCUCGCCCUCUCAGCAGUUCUUCCUCCCUCCCUAUAUGGCCUACCACCCUGAUUUGGCAUCUGCAUUCUCCGGGCCUUCCCCUGAUGAUGUGGUGUUGAAUGCGCAAGCGAAAGCCGGCAAGCCAAAAACUGCCCCUGUGAAGAAGAAGGGUGGCGGUGACGAUAAAGUUGACAGCGCCACGAACGGUGUCAAGACCCUCAAAGUUGACGAUACGCCUCUUCCUAAGAGCAAGAACCUCAAUGUUCUUCAGGAGUUUGAGAAGAAGAAGAGUAAAAAGACCGCCAGUUUCGUUGUGGUCGGUCACGUCGAUGCUGGUAAAAGCACGCUGAUGGGCCGUUUGCUUCUUGAUUUGAAAGUUGUCGACCAAAGGACGAUCGACAAGUACAGGAAGGAAGCAGAAAGCCUCGGAAAGUCGUCUUUCGCUCUGGCAUGGGUUUUAGACCAGGGCACCGAAGAACGGUCUCGAGGUGUUACGAUUGAUAUCGCCACCAACCGUUUCGAAACCGAGACCACAUCAUUUACGAUACUUGACGCUCCGGGUCAUCGCGACUUCAUUCCGAAUAUGAUUGCCGGUGCAAGUCAAGCAGACUUUGCGAUAUUGGUGAUCGAUGCGAGCACCGGCGCCUUCGAAUCAGGUCUCAAGGGCCAAACACGAGAGCACUCGCUGCUCAUCCGGAGUAUGGGUGUAUCACGGGUCAUCGUUGCCGUGAACAAGCUCGAUACGGUCAGGUGGUCACAAGAGAGGUUUGACGAGAUCUCUCACCAAGUAUCCGGUUUCCUUUCUGCGACAGGAUUUCAAACCAAGAACAUCAGUUUCGUCCCCCUCUCAGGUCUCCACGGCGACAAUAUUGUAAAGCGAUCAGACGAUCCUGCAAUAUCGUGGUACAAAGGUCCGACUCUGAUUGAGGAAUUGGAGAAUUCAGAGCCAAUGGCUCGCGCCCUACACAAACCACUUCGUAUGACGGUGUCCGAAGUCUAUAAGACCGCGCUCAGCCCAUUGACCAUCUCAGGGCGCGUGGAUGCUGGAUCUCUCCAGAAUGGAGAUGCCCUCUUGGUCCAGCCUUCUGGAGAGAAAGCCUACGUCAAGGCGCUUGAGCUCGACAUGGAGCCCGUGGACUGGGCUGUUGCUGGCCAGAACGUCGUCAUUCACCUCUCCAACAUCGAUCCUAUCCAUGUUCGGGUGGGAGACAUCAUUUGUGACCCGAACAAUCCUGUGAGCUGCAUCGACACGUUCACCAUGAAAGCCCUUGCAUUCGAUAUCUUGAUGCCGAUGCAGGUGGACGUUCACCGGGGUCGGUUGCAUACCGGUGGUCAAAUACAGGAGAUCACUGCAAUCUUGAACAAAACAACAGGGGCAGUCAUCAAAAAGAAGCCGAAGAUUGUCAAGCCAGCCAAUGUUGCAAGGAUUGUUGUCAAGAUGGCGUCCAAAGUGCCAUUAGAACCUGGACAGAGGGUCGUCCUUCGCAGUUCUGGGGAGACAGUCGCUGCUGGCUUGUUGGAGUAG